AUGUCCGUUCGGCAGGAGUUCGUCGUUCAUCGUGACUAUCAUCGCCGUCGGCCAUUCGGUAGAUUCACGUGGUCCGCACUCUUCGAAGACUCCAAAGAUUCCAAAGAGUUGCCAGAAACGGCAUCUUUGAACGUCACUUGUACAUCUCGUACCUUUGUGCAGGAGAAGCGAAGAAGCAAAGACAGACACAACGGCAGAGACAGCGAGACAUGCAAAAGCCCGAGUAGCACGCAGAAUCACACUUUGAAACGCGGGGGAUAUACGCCUGGGAUACAUCUCCUGGUUGUAACCCGUAUUCGCUCGAGGCCGAAAAAGGUAUCCGAGUACGCCACCCAGGGUGAAGAAGAACGCCGAAAAGAGGCGUUUGAUGGCGAUCAGGACGGCGCCGGCGCUGGGAAAAAGAAACGGUUCAGUCGCCUAGUCGCAGGAAAUGGCAUGAUUUCGCACCAGACGCUCGAGGACUUGAUAACUGCAGGAAGCAAGACGUGCUGGAUAAGACAGCAGGACAAGGGACAAAACACAAAACACAAAACACAAAAGAUUAAAGACAAAACGGCUGCGCUGCGAGAGAGCGAGCGGGAGAGACAAACAGAAGAGGUUGGUUCUCCAUACUCGACAAGUCGAAGGAACAAGGAAGGCUGGGGGAGAACAGGGCAGAAUAGCCCGUAUAUGCCACUUGAGCAGGGCAUUGUCCUCUUUUUCGCCUCUAUCUCUGGGACUCUCCGCCUCGUCAGGGUCUAG